AAAAGAACGAAAAAAAAAAAAAAAAUGAAAAAUUGAGAAGAGUAUUCUGUAGUUCGUGUAUUCUGAGUUCCAGCCAUGAAAGACUACGAGAUUGAAGAGAAGAAGCAAGCUGCUGCAGAUGUCCUCUUUCAAUAUUCAAAAUUUGCUCUUGCAUGUAUUGGAAAUCAGGUGCGGCCAUGCGACUUACGGAUGCAUUUAAUGAAGGAAAUAUCUGGUUUGCCUACAUCGUUGAAAAAGACAUCAGCGAAUGCAGCUGCUGCUUCGCCUGAUGUUAUGGGAGAAUCUUCGAGCUCUGCCACUGCCAGAGUUGAUAAUAAGGCUGACGUUUUUAGAGCAGAGUAAGAGUAGCAUACUCUACCAGUGCUUCUAAUAUCAACCAUCAUGUUUUGUUCAUUUGUAAAUGUUCUAUUUGUCGUAUCAAAUCUUAUUCAGCCGUUUUAGCAGGUUGUUAUUUCUAUAUCCGUAAAGGAUAUAUAUAAUUGGUUUUUAAGUUGUGUUGAUCGAUUUCCACUUUUCUGGUAUCAGUUAUCACUCGCGAAUAGUAAUGGAUUUUUUUUUUUUCUU